AUGGUGGAUGCAGCACAAAUCUCCUAUCGUUAUGAGCUCAUUCACGCGCAAGCCACCGCACCUGCGUCCAUCAUACUGCGAGACGCCAGAUGGGUGACCACGGAUCUGAACCACACGUGCACCGAAAGUCAUUCCGGCACCUCGGCUAGUGCCCCCCUGGCCGCGGGUAUCUGUGCCCUUACCCUAUCCGCCAAUCCGCGGCUGACUUGGCGGGACCUGCAGUACAUCGUCAUCUACUCCGCCCGUCCAGACGGUCUCUAUCCCAACGACUGGCGUGUUAAUGGGGUCGGCCGACGUGUAUCUCAUGCAUUCGGGUAUGAGUGA